GGACGUGAUUUGAUGGUGGCUUACGCAUCAGGCUCUUCUCUUCAACAUCACCACCCCGCACCUUAUCGUUCUCUUAUCGCUUUCUCCUCCCAGCUCCCCUGGACGAAAGUAAACAAAAUCAGGACAGGAAUACCUUCACACCAACAAGGAAGAUAACUCGAACACGGAUUGUCUAUUGAAACGAACUUUGAAUCACCUAGGUAACCUUAGCUCUACGUUUCUUCAGAUACUCUUCCCGACGCUUGAUCAACACGUCAAACAAGCCGGAAGCACCAAACAUUCCACACAAUGGCGGCGGAAAAUUACGACGCUGCAAUCACUUUGAUCGAUGAAGCUCAUGCUUUAGACCCAAAUAUCAGCACAAUAAAUGGCGAGAGUGUACCAUACGAGCUUCACUAUGCCCAAAAAAUGACGCAUUAUCUCUCUCUCCGCGCUCCCGAUGCUUCUCCCAUCCUCAAAGUUGCCAUCCGAGCACAGCAUUUUCGACGCUGGGAAGUACCACGAUCCUCCUACCCGAUGACCAAACCCGGGUAUCUGAACUGGAGGUCCUUUCUCAAGAAACGCCAGGCUGAUCUCGCAUCUGCGAUAUGUGUGGGUUGCAAUUUUACAAGUGAGGAAGCAGAGGAAGUGGCUAGGUUGAUAAGGAAAGAGGAUCUGAAGAAAAAUGAGGAGACGCAGAUCUUGGAGGAUGUUGCUUGUCUAGUGUUUCUGGACGAUCAGUUUGAUGCCUUUGAGAAGGGUCAUGAUGAAGAGAAAAUCAUCUCGAUUUUGAGAAAGACUUGGGGGAAGAUGAGUGAGGAGGGACAUCGUUUGGCGUUGCAGAUACCGAUGAGCGACACCAGUAAGAGUUUGAUUCAGAAGGCUUUGGGAUAGUUCGGAAUUUAUGGGAACAGUGAUGGAGUGAUAUAAGCUCAAAGUUGUGGUGUAAAUACUUGUUUAUGUGUUAGUAUAUUGAUUUUGGCUAAGCAGGCUACAAAAGACCGGAAUGGGCUGGGUUGGUGUAGGUUAACACUCCAUGGCGAAGGGGCAAAUGUACUGAUUACUGGUGUCUAAAAAUGUCACAAACAAACUGAUCAGAAUUAUGGAUUGGAACAAACAACA